GCACGAGGCCUUCCUGGGAAGGCUCCAGCAGGACAUGGUUUACAUCUUUACUUUCAAGAAUCAGCCCAAUGCUCCCGACUCCCUCCUUCCGGUGCUCUACAAAGUGUCGCAGGAGUGGCGCGAGAAGUAUCAGACAAACCCCUCCUCGUUGGAUCGUUCGCUGAGGGUGACCAUCCUGCUGUGCCUCUUGACGGAGCUCCUGCAGCGACAUCGGCGACUCGAGGAUGCCGGCGCCGAGGAGGCGCUGAAGGCGAUCAAGGGGGCAGGAUGGAUGUCGGAGGACGGGAAAUGGGUGCAUCAGGUGUGGAAUCAUGCGGAGGCCAAGCUGGUCACGGACGAGGAGAUGAGUGGACAUCAAAUUUCAUUCAUUUGCGAGCUGUCACUGCGGCACCCGGCGGCGGAUCAGAUGUACACAAUGAUGGGGAAGCUGGUGGGCAAUGCUAUGUUGCACCUGGUUGGAUUGAGGAUUCAGUCAUCGAGAGGGCUAGUGCCGUGGCGACUGGCAUUGAAGGCGGCUGCAGCUUCUUUUGAUGGGGCAUGGGAGGCACGUGUACUUGAGCCGAGUUGUCGAUCGGUUGAUGGUGGUGCUCUUCAC